AUGCGCGUAGACAAUACACCUGGACAAUACCCGUAUCACGGAGCGCGCAAACCGCAAUUCAGCACCGACAAACGGGCGGUUCUGUGUUCCUGGUACUCGCCUAACAGCUCACGAAUGUUUCAUAGGGAGAAUCUCGAGGAUGAUAGGGCCGUCCGCAAUAAAUCCGGCGGCCUGAGCGCAACUGGGACACCCGUGAACAAAGCGGCGCCUCGCUGCUCCUCCGGGUCGCCUCCGCCGGGCUGUGCGGGGUGCGGGGGCGGGGCGGGAGGGGGGCCCGCGGCGGCCGGGGACGAGGAGCCGCGCGCCUCCUCGCUGCCCCCCUCGCCCGUGGCGCGCCGGCGGCUCGACGAUGCGCCCAAGCUGAAUUACAAGGGCGACUCGAGCGCGGAGCUGCGGCGGCGCGGCUCGUGCGAGAGCGGCAUCUUCUCGGUGGCGAACGAGGAGCUGUGCCGGCAGCCGAGCGCGUACGGCGCCGUGUGCCCCUGCUCGCUGAACGGCUGCCACCGCUGCUGGUGGCGGCGCGGGCCCGAGCCGCCCGAGGCGGGCGAGGCGCUGGAGGCGCGCGAGGCGCCGCUGCGCGUGUGCGCCGAGUGCCUCGUCGUCUACGACUGGCUGCUGGCGAGAGGCCGCCGCUCGCUGAGCGAGGCGGCGCCGGCCGAGGGCGAGGCGCCGUUCCUGUGCGGGCCGCCGAGCGCCGAGCCCGCCGAGUCGGCCGCCUACCACGUGCUGUCGCGCUGCUGCUGCUCGGCGCGCGACGACGAGGAGCCGGCGCGCGCGCUGUCGCGGGCGCAGCACAAGCGCACCUCCAGCGUGUACACGGACAGCUCGGAGGACGUGGCCUCGCUCGGCUCGGACAGCGUCAUGUGCGACGAGCGGCCGCCGCGCUCGGCGCAGAUCUCGCGCAUCGUGGAGUACUUCGAGCGCGCGGGCGCUGCCGUGCGCUGCGAGCGCUCGCAGCGCGGGCCGCGCUACACGAGCGCCGGGCCGCGCGAGCCGCGCCGCCGCGGCCGCCUCACCGUGUGCGAGGGCGCCGUGCGCUCCAAGCUGCCGCUCUUCGACCGCCGCCCC